AUGCUGCCCGUUUUCGAUGCUACAGCGGAGGGACCUGACGCCUACGACUUGACCGGUCUUGGGAAAGGAGGAGCCAAUAUCGGAAAACUGAAGAAAAACUAUAAUAAGGCAAUCGAACUCCUUGUGGAAUUGGCCACCUUGCAGACGUGCUUCAUUACAUUGGACGAGGCCAUCAAAGUAACAAAUAGGAGAGUUAACGCCAUUGAGCACGUAAUCAUUCCUCGUAUUGAAAAUACGCUCUCUUACAUCGUUACGGAAUUGGAUGAAAUGGAAAGAGAAGAGUUCUUCAGGUACUUCUUUUUUUUGCUUGGAAUUUUCAAAUAAUC